AUGAAAGGAAACAUGUCUUUUGCUUUUGGUUCUACCAGGGUUUUCAUCAGCAAUUAUGUGUUCUAUUUGUUUGGAUUGAUACUCAAAUACUUCUUCAGGUUUCUUAAUUUAGGAGAUGCAAAAAAAGAUCUUAUUGAUUCACCAUCAUAUGUAAAUUUUGAUGAUUCUACUAAGAUUGAUGGUUUCUCAGAGGAGCUGGCAAAUUUCCUAUUUUGGAGUGAGGAUUUUCAUCAAGGAGAAACAGAUUGCUCUGUUUUUAUGGAUCAUGUUCAUGAUGAAAAAACAGAGUACUCUGUUUUAAAGGAGAUUCACUAUGGUUUUCAUGAAGGUUGUGUGAAAACAGAGGUGUACAGGGAUAACUCUGUUUUGAAGGAGAUUGAAGAUGGUUUAGAGAGAAUUGAGAGUGAAAUAGAAGAUGAAAUUUUCAUGGAGAGUGAGUCUUCAAACUUUGUUGUUCAUGAAGAUGAUAAGGAAAAUGGAGGGGAAGAUGAAGGUUUUGGUUCCAAUGAUCAAGAAAUUGAAAAUGGUCUUCAUAAUGAUUAUAUGAAGUUAGAAGAAGAGAAAGAAGAAGAAAUAGGAGGAGAUUCUCUUGUAGAGAUUGACUAUGAUGUUGAUGAAAAUGGAAGAAAAAUUGAAGAAAUUGAAACAGAGUACUCUGUUUUCUCUGAUGUUAUUGAAGAUGGUAACAAAAUAGAUGAAAAAGAUUUAGAGGUUGUGAAAGAUGAUGAGUUUGAGAUUCAUGAUGUUAAUGAUAAAAUGGAUGAAAUUGAAUCAGAGUUAUCGAUUUUUGGUGACGAGGGUUUCGAUGUUGAUGGUGAUAGUAAAAUGGAAGAAGAAACAGAACAAAGAACAGAGGAAUCUGUUUUGGUGGAGAGUGAGACAAAAACAAUAACCACAAGUAAGUAUGAAUUCUCAUCAGAAAAAGAUAUAAGUGGAUUUGUAGAAGAACCAAUGACAUUUCAAUUUAGUUUUCGAGAGUUUUUCGUGAGUCCGAAUAUUUCAUCCAUUUCCAAUAAUGUGCACAAGGAGUUUUCAAACAUUGAUUCAGAAAAAGACAUUGUAACUGAAAAACAAGAAGAAAAACAAGAGUCUAUUCAUUCAACCGAUAAUCAGCUUCUUGGUGGAAUUGAUUCAUCUGAUGAAGAUUAUUUCAUUUUCAAUGAAAGUUCAGUGACAUCAGAUUCUGAGUCAGAAUCAUCUAGCUUAAGUGGUUUGAUUUGGAGCAAUAGCAACAUCAACAAAAUUGAUGAUUCAUUUUCCUAUCACUUUCUUGGUAGCGAAAAUGGUAGCGAAAAAUUUGAGUCGGAGAUUCUAAAAUUGAUGAUGAGAGAUGAAAGAAAAGAAGAACAUGGUUUUGAAGUGAAAGAUGAACAAGAAGGUAUGAAGAAAAGUAAAGAAGCUAAGUUUGAAGAAGAAUUGAAUGAAUCUGAAUCCGAAUCUGAUGAAGAUGAUUUUGAAUGGGAGCAUGAAGAUAUAGUGGAGCAAUUGAAGUUAGAAUUGAAGAAUUCUAGACAAGGUGGACUUGCCACAAUCAUAGAAGAAGUUGAAGAUGAAGAUGAACAAGAACAAGAAGAAAAAGAAUCACCAAAAGUGGUUCAAGAAUUGAAACCAAUGAAAAUUGAAGUGAAGUUACUUGAAUACAAGGAUCAAAUGAAUGAGAUUGAAAAAGUUCACAACAACUAUGCAGAGAAAAUGAGGAAGCUUGAUAUCUUGAAUUACCAAACCAUGCAUGCAUUAGGCCUUCUUCAACUAAAAGACCCUCUUAAGUUAAUUUCAAUACCAAAAUCCACCAUCUCAAAUGCAAUAAUCUCACAAAAUUUAUGGCCAAGAAAAUCAACAAAGAUCACAUCUGACCCAUUUUUGAAACUUGUUCAUCAACUUCAUAGAGAUUUGGAAUUGGUGUAUGUUGGACAAGCUUGUCUCUCAUGGGAAAUUCUAUGUUGGCAACACAUGAAAGCUAUUGAGUUACAACAAUAUGAUUCACAAGGGCCUCAUAGGCAUAGGUAUAACCAUGUUGCUGGCGAAUUUCAACUUUUUCAAGUAUUGAUGCAAAGGUUCAUAGAGAAUGAACCAUUUCAAAGUGGAUCAAGGGUACAAAAUUAUGUCAAAAACCGCUGUGUAAUUAGAAACUUGCUUCAUGUUCCAGAUAUAAAAGAUGAUAGUAAAGGGGGCGAGGAAGAUCCUAUUGCAAGUGGAAAGUUGGAAGAUAUCAUAAAGGAAUCAAUGCGAGUGUUUUGGGAAUUUGUUCGAGCAGAUAAAGAUAAUGGGAAUGUGAAUGUGAUUUCAAAGCAUAUUGGAAGUGAUCUCAAAGACCCUUCAAUUUCAAAUCUUCUAAUGGACAUUAGAACACAACUACAAAAGAAGGAUAAAAAGCUGAAAGACAUAAUAAGAACUGGAAAUUGCAUAGUGAAGAAGUUCCAAAAGCACCAUGAGGAUCAACUUGAUCAUGAGCAACUAGUUGCACAAGUUGGGUUGAGAUUGAUUUCAAGGGUGAUAAACAUGUCACAAUUGAGAAAAGAACAAGUGCUAUGGUGUAGUGAAAAGUUGAACCGAAUCAAAUUUUUAAGCAAGAAGAUUGUUCAUGUUGAACCUUCUUUUUUGCUUUUUCCAUGUUGA